GUAACGGUCUGUUUAGUUUAUUUUUUGUUCGAUGUUUUUGGGGUUUUUUGCUGCAUAGCUCAGAGCUCGGCUAAAGGCAAGCUAGCAAACAAACGCAGUCUAAAGAAAGCCCUUUACUGUCCCGUUUAAAGCGAAAACCGGCAAAGCUAUCACUGACAACAACCUGACACAUACUCCGCAAGCAUGGAGUACAGCGGUCCAUUGGGCCACUCUCUGUCACCAGAGUCCACGGUGACCUCCCUACUAUCCAGUUCAGGUUACCUGAGGAGCAGCUUGCUGCCUCCUCAACACGACACCAGCUUCAGAUACAAAGACAGAGAGUAUGACUCUGCUUCGGCGGCUCUGGACGCUUACAUCAAAGACUUUGAGAGGAGUCGUCAGAACCGCGACUCGUCGUUGACUGGAAAGCUGGUUCUGCCACAGAACCUACCCUCCACUCCGUGCAGGCACAGAGUGGGCACGCUCAGAAACAAAGAUGUUCUUAGGGAGCGUUUGACCGAGAGAGAGCUAGACUUCCUGAACCUCCCCGUGAGCCCCCUCCAUCACCGCGUUAACUGGGACAGACACUCCAUGACAACAGAUGAACUGCUGUCCGUCCCUUUCGACGGCUCGAUGCCCAUCACCCACACCACCGCCUUCAUCCAAGACCUCCUGUCCUGGCCUGCAGCCUCCCAGCCCUGCCCCUCAUCUACCUGUAGACUCCUCCACCAUCACUCUCUUCCACCGACGACGUCCAGGAGCUUCAGGUGCAGAGACAGGCCGAGGGCCGCCACUUUUAAACCAGGUGCUCACAUCAGCAGUUUUAAGAGAUCAGAGCAGGCCCCGGUAUCCUCGUCGCUCCACCUCCCUCACUGGUUCACCAGUAACAAGGCUGACUUGGACUGUUCGGGAAUCACCAGUGUGCCCGACCUGAAGUACCCAGCAUGGCUCCAGGGGUGUGACCUCAGCGAGCCGCCUGCACAGUCAGAUCUGUGGGACGACCACGACGUUCUCCCACCUGGAGCUCCCAGAACCAGAGCUCCAUCCUGGGUAGCAGACCUGGAGAAAGAUGAAGAUCCUGACCAGACACCUGCAGAGGUUGGCAGCCAGCAGGCGCUCAGAGACCUGAGGCUUCAGUUUGCUGAACAGAUUUCUUUGCUCACUACAGAGAGGAAGAGCUCAGACGUUGUGAUGAACAUGUACCAAGACAACAGGAUCGAGUCUCUGAUCCAGAAGGCGGACCAGGUGUUAAACUCUCUGUCUCGGAGUUCUGGACAAGCAGAGAGUCCUGCAGAUCCAGUGAUUCCUGUGAAAACUGAGGAGCUGCUGCACCAUUCUCCCUCACACUGUCCUCUAGACUCAGCAACAGGAGGCUGCACAGAGGAGCUGACUGACAGGGGAGCAGAGGAUUUGAGUCAUGAAAACAGCAUCUGGAAGCAGCCUGGUCCGGUGGAGGCUCUGAAACAGAUGCUGUUCAGACUGCAGGCUGUGGAGGCGGAGCUUCAGCGACAACAGCAGCCACCAGCAGCUCUGACUCUCUCAGAGUGGCUGCUGACAUCAGCAACACAGUGGUCUGUUGGUAACGCAGAGCUGCAGGAGCUGCAAGAGCUUCAGAGUUUUCCUGGUAGACCAUCACUAGAGAGAGCUCUGCAUCAUCUGAACCGCCUGAAGAUGCUGGUGGAAGAACCCAGACAGAAACACAGAGCGACAGAGGAAGAGAAGGACGACGACGAGGGGCGCUACUCGUCCUCAUCUGUCGACAGACUGGUCUGUUCUCAGCAGGAACCCUCCAGAAACUGAACAUUCAAAGGAUGCUCGCUGUGCCAAAAGCCUCAAUAGUAUCUGCACUGUGUUUGUGUAUUUUUUUUAUAAGAAAGUGCAAUUUUUUAAACACUAAUACAACUCAGUUUAAACUAUACCCUAAACCUUUAGAGUCAGGAAGUUUCCUGGACUGUUCUCUUUCUCAGACUCUGAGGAAGAGUCAGAACACAGCGAUAAUUUAAAAGAAGAGAAGAAAACGUGAAGGACAGACUCCGAGACGAGAAAAACAUGCCACAUCUUUUAUAUUUUGAAUGUGUCUCAGGGGUUUGUGAAUGCAACAGUAUGGAUGGAUGGGCUUGAUGCUUGUUGGUGCACAGACCGUUUUGUAUUGAUGGGUUUCAUUCUGUUUGUAGACAGACUGUUGGUGCCAUAAAGAUUUACACACACUCAUUCCUGUUGAAAAUGAAGAGGUUACCGGGCAGUGUUCAGCCAGAGGGAAGAAAGAUCAUCAGUGCUGUUGUCAGUGAUAGCUUUUCAGUUCCUUGCAGGUAAAACUACAAUAAAUUGCUUUUGCUGUAGAAAAGAUGUACACGUGGAAGCACAACGUGUACUAUUGUGACAAUCCAGUCCGAUUUUCUGAAGACUCAAGACUCCUGGAUUGAAAAUUGAAGUAUUGAGCCAUGGGUUGGGGGGGACCAGGGUGUUCAGAUGUCUAUCUUUAUCUGGGACUGCACAGCAUUUUUUAUCAGGGAACGUUAAAAGUCACCAAAAUUAACAACCUUUGCUGAUUUUGUCGAAUAUCAUAGAAACUAACAAAAAAAGAAGCAGAAAGAUUUGAA